UUGGGGAUUUUGGGUUCUUCUGUUCAGCAUUUCGUCCCCAAUUCGGGACAGGAAACAAACAACCAUCUCCACUCUCCUCCCCUUUCACCGUCGCUGUCCUCCGCCGCCCUUCCCACCGAACCACGCUCCUUUGAAGUAUCUCUGGAUUCUCUGCUUCUUUUUUAUUUCACCUGUUGCUCUGCCGUCUUAGACCUCGCGGCCGACGAAUCUGCCUGCGCUGACUCGUUAUCUAGCUAGAAUUCCGCCGCCUAAGCCAACAGAAUUUAAAGUUCAGCACUCUGGCUCUCGUUCACUCCGCUCAUUCAGCCAUCAUUAACAGCCAUUUCAGCAAUGCAUCGCGUUGGCAGUUCAGGAAACACAUCUAAUUCAGUUCGUACUCGCAAGGAAAAGAGGUUGACAUAUGUAUUGAAUGAUGCAGAUGAUACAAAGCACUGUGCUGGCAUAAACUGCUUGGCCGUAUCGAAAUCUACAGAACAAGAAGGAAAUGAGUAUCUCUUCACUGGUAGUCGUGAUGGUACAUUGAAGAGGUGGACAUUAACUGAGGAUUCUGCUACUUUCUCGGCUACAUUUGAGUCUCAUGUUGAUUGGGUCAAUGAUGCAGUUCUGACCGGUGGUAAUACGUUGGUCUCUUGCUCCUCUGAUACGACUGUUAAAGUAUGGAAUCGCUUGUCUGACGGAAUAUGUGCUAGGACGUUUCAUCAACACUCUGACUAUGUCACUUGCCUGGCUGCGGCAGAGAAAAAUAGCAACAUCUGUGCCUCUGGAGGCCUUGGUGGGGAGGUUUUCAUAUGGGAUCUGGAAGCUUCACUGAGUCCAAUUUCCAAAGCAAAUGAUGCAAAUGCAGAUGAUUGUUCAACUAGUACUAAUGGUUUGGGAUCUUUGUCGAGUACUAAUCUCCGUCCUAUCAACUCAAGUAAUAACAUUUCUGUGCAUGCCACCCAAUCCCAAGGCUAUGUUCCUAUUGCUGCAAAAGGCCAUAAAGAGUCAGUUUAUGCAUUGGCAACAAACGACCGGGGAACACUUCUUGUUUCUGGUGGAACUGAGAAGGUUGUGCGUGUUUGGGACCCCAGGACGGGCUCUAAAACCAUGAAGCUAAGAGGACACACAGAUAAUAUCAGGGCGCUGUUAUUGGAUUCUACAGGCAGAUAUUGUUUAUCUGGCUCCUCUGAUUCUAUGAUCAGGUUGUGGGAUCUUGCUCAACAGCGAUGCAUUCAUUCUUAUGCAGUGCACACAGACUCUGUCUGGGCACUAGCCGCUACUCCAUCAUUUAGUCAUGUUUAUAGUGGUGGGAGGGACCUUUCUUUGUAUUUAACCGAUUUGGCUACAAGAGAAAGCGUAUUGCUAUGUUCAAAAGAACACCCUAUAUUGAAAUUAGAACUGCAUGGUGAUGGUAUAUGGGUUUCCACAACGGAUUCUUCUGUACAUAGAUGGCCUGCAGAAGCUCAUAAUCCCCUUAAAGUAUUCCAAAGAGGUGGCUCAUUUUUAGCAGGCAACUUGUCCUUUUCAAGAGCAAGGGUUUCGCUAGAAGGUUCUACACCUGUUCCUGCGUAUACAGAACCGUCUCUUACCAUUUGUGGAACUUCAGCUAUAGUGCAACAUGAGAUUUUAAAUAAUAAAAGACACAUCCUAACAAAGGACACUGCUGGUACAGUAAAGUUGUGGGAAAUCACAAGAGGUUUGGUCACUGAAAAUUAUGGAGAGGUUCCAUUUCAGAAGAAGAAAGAGGAAUUGUUUGAGAUGGUGAAUGUUCCGACAUGGUUCUCGGUAGAUACAAGGCUUGGGAGUCUGUCUGUGCACUUAGACACGCCGCAAUGUUUUUCUGCUGAGAUGUACUCUGCAGAUCUAGGGGUUGCUGGGAAACCUGAGGAUGACAAGAUCAAUUUGGCAAGAGAAACCCUCAAAGGGCUAUUGGCACAUUGGUUAACUAAAAGAAGGCAGAGAUUUGGAUCUCAAAAUUUAGCUAACGGUGAAAUCCCACCAGGAAAGGAAAUAUCUACAAGAACUUUAACCCUGUCCCGAGUAGAAGGAGAUGGGAAUUCAGAGAAUGACUCUGCAGUAUAUCCACCCUUUGAAUUUUUAGCAUCUUCCCCUCCUUCCAUUGUUACUGAAGGCUCUCAGGGAGGACCCUGGAGAAAGAAAAUUACUGACUUAGAUGGAAUUGAAGAUGAGAAAGACUUCCCUUGGUGGGUUCUUGAUUGUGUGCUGAAUAACCGCCUUCCUCCAAGGGAAAAUACCAAAUGUAGCUUCUAUUUGCAUCCGUGUGAAGGUUCUAAUGUGCAGGUCCUCACACAAGGGAAACUGAGUGCUCCUCGCAUUUUAAGAAUACACAAGGUUGUCAACUAUGUGGUAGAAAAGAUGCUUCUUGACAAGCCAAUGGAUAAUCUGAAUGCUGAUGGAACUUUUGCUCCAAAUGCACCUGGAGUUCAGAUUCCACAUGCAGUUGUAGGAGAUGGUUCUCUGCGAUCUGGGUUGAAACCCUGGCAAAAACUCAGGCCUUCUAUUGAGAUUCUUUGCAAUAACCAGGUUUUACCUCCAGACAUGAGCUUGGCCACUGUUCGGGCUUACAUAUGGAAGAAACCUGAAGACCUUAUCCUUAACUACAGAAUUGUGCAGGGCAGGUGAUAAAUAGAUUUCACAGUAUUUUGUUGUGCACAGGACCCAGGUAGCUAUGAUUAGUUAGGUUGCUUGUGCAUGUAAAUACUGCACUUCAGAAGCUGGAAAUGUAGCAUAUCACCGAAUCUUGGAAAACGAAGCAGUUGCUGGAGACAGAAAAAUCUCAUUGAAACUGUAUAGAAUGCUGUUUGAACUGAAGGUGUCGUGAUGCGAUGUGUGACUAUCUUCCAUUUUCGGCUCUGGCAUGGAUGGGUGUAGCGCUUUGAUUAUUAGGUAACUGCAGAAAUGCUGGGAGCUCGUAGCGUAUGUGGAAAUAUUCGAGUACUUUCAAGGGGUAACUACCCAGCCAGGAGGGAUUUUUAUUACUACUGCUGUGAAGCAGUAAAGGUCAAUAGAUUUUUCUUUUUUCAAAAAAUAAAAGCCUUCACCAAUUCUAGUUAUUUAAUUGGUAAUCUGAUAAGAUAAAUUAUACUUCACUUGCAGUCUCUGUUCAGGUUUGAGUGUCGCUGCUGAAAUUUUUUGAAUCACAUGUAUUAUUAUUGUUAAUCACUGAUACUUAGUGCCUGGAAAUGCAGAUCUAUACGAUUACAAAAUGAAAUUUGUUGAUGUUUUUUUUUGCUUCUAA